AAGCUGUGCGGCAGCCAAUCAGAGUGCUCCGUAGACAAUCGCCGUUCUGCCUAUAAAAGGUUGAAGCGGGGUUGCAUUCAGGGCGACUAUUCCCGGUUGUCAAGUGAGAGCUACUUCACAGAAACUACUGCUGUCAUGUCUGGUCGUGGCAAGCAAGGAGGCAAGGCCCGCGCUAAGGCCAAGUCUCGCUCGUCCCGCGCUGGUCUGCAGUUUCCGGUGGGGCGAGUGCACCGCCUGCUGCGGAAAGGCAACUACGCCGAGCGAGUGGGAGCUGGCGCCCCAGUCUACAUGGCGGCGGUUCUCGAGUACCUGACGGCUGAAAUUCUGGAGCUGGCGGGCAACGCGGCGCGAGACAACAAGAAGACGCGCAUCAUCCCUCGCCAUUUGCAGCUGGCUAUCCGCAACGACGAGGAGCUGAACAAGCUGCUGGGCAAAGUCACCAUCGCCCAGGGUGGUGUCCUGCCAAACAUCCAGGCCGUGUUGCUUCCCAAGAAGACUGAGAGCCACCACAAAGCCAAGGGGAAGUAAGGCCGGCAAGAAGCCCCCUGCAGUCCUCGUCUCGAAGGGGCACCCGCGAAAUCAAAGGCUCUUUUCAGAGCCACUCACUCUCUCAAAUAAAGAGUUGUUGCAGUAGCCAUAACAAA